AGUACUAUAGUAACAAUGAACAUCCGACUUGCCCGACGUUUCCUUGAUUACCCAUGUACAUUUUACAUGCUGUCCUUCGUUAUAUCAACCAUCCUAUUAUCAGUGUUCUCUUUUGUACCGCCUGUUGCGCGUUGGUUCGGCCCCGACAUAGCGGCCUUAGCCCUUAUGACGGUGGUCUUGGCCGCUGGGGAUUGCUUAUGUAAUGCAGGGAAGAACUCGAUGAAGGUCAUUAAUGCUUCCAUGAUAUCCCUCUUUCUCGUUGCUAUGUGGACACUAGCAAUCAGAGCAGUGUUCGAUGCCGUCUCGGCUGAAUACAACUCAUAUAUAGGAUCUGUCUGGGCCCUACCCCUUAUGGUCCUGCAUGCCUUUGCUUAUACUGUGAAGCCUAUAAAUGAAGUGUACAGUGUCCCCUUGGGAGCACUUAUGGUCUGCACUGUGCCAAUAUACGGCGGGAUGACGUCGAUCUACUCCGAGAUCGGUCGCUGCAUGCUGGCGAGUAUAGCAGCCUCCGUGGUCACCUUCGGGGUCACGUGUAUGUUGUCUUUAAUACGGUGUAGAAGCAGUAGACUGUGUGGAUCAAGCAAGAUGUCUUUGGCGGAGGCCGAUUCGGCAUUGCUCACUUACUUUCACACCCUCUGCAACACCUUGAUGUCGCCCUCUGAAGUCCAGGAGGACUAUGAUCUAGCUCGAGCAGCCUCAGCGGUAUGCCAGAAGACUCUCUACCAGGCCUGGAAGCAGGCUGAUGAUGAGGGAGCUCUGCGUGUGACCCAUCUACAGGCGGCUUGCUUUGGGAAUUUGGUCACGCUCGCUCAAACGAUACACCCACCCCGUAGUGGAAAGCCUCUGUCAUUCCCAGCCGCCUGUGGAGGGCUGGUCACUGCCUCCUUCAUGCUCAAGUUCACUAGUGUCGUCGCUACGGUCUCCGAGAAUUCGUUGCCAAGUGAGGAGUUGUUGACUGAUCUCAUACAGUCUAGUAUGAGUGCUCACAUCACGCAGGGCUAUAAGAGCUCAGCUGCUGAUGCCUUCGCACUACAAGCUGCUGUCAUCGAGAUGGCGAGAUUCGUAAGAGCAAUGAGACGUGUUCGCAUGGCCACAACCCAGUAUGUUGCCUCGACUAUGGGCUCCUUCAAAGUAAUGAUUAAGAUGCUAGCAAGGUACUUUACAAUGCGUAUUGCUAUGAUGAUGUUGGUAUCAACACUACUGUAUACAGUAUGGGAGGGGAGGGAUGACGCCAUUGAUGCUUACGCCCUCUGGGGCCUGCUGCCUGGCCUCAUGAUAUUACAGUUGCUGCCCAAGGGUGGCGCGAUCCGUGCAGUGUAUUGUGUAGCACCCCUCUUCGCAUGGACCCUCCUGGGCAGUGCCCUCGGGCUAGCCUCUGCCGAGAGUAACCGUGGUAGCAUUAGCGCCUACGCCACACAAAUGGUGCUGCUGGCUGCUAUCGCUUCCUAUCUACAUCGUGGAUCCCUUAAGAAGGUGUCGGGGCCGAUUCUAGCAUAUCUAUCAUGGCUCGUAGUGGCCGUGGCUAAUAGGAACGAUGACGAGGGUCGAGAUUCCUUAGCCAUAUGGCAUGUGGCACUGUACCGAAUAGCCAUAGUCUGCACAGGUGUCUUCCUCGCGAUGAUCUUCGUGAUGUUGCCCCCACCGUUCCGGCUCCUCCCUGCUCUCGAUGGGCCCCAUAAGCACCUAGUGCAGACAGCAGUUGACGUCGCCGUCCGGUCAGUGGUUAAGGCCAAUCGUUGCUAUGCUAACAAUGGAGUUAAAGCAGAAGGACAGAGUGCUUUAGCGUACUCCCGUAGCAUGAGCCGCCCAAUUUCUGUAGCCACCGGAGAGGAGGAGGAGGAGAAGCCACAGAUAGCAACCUAUUCGUCUCCUAUACCUCGAGAUGGAGCCCUAGAGGGAGUAGAUCCUCACUCACUUGACUUACUGGUGCAUUUCCCGCCUGCAACUAAGCCUUUGCUACGUCAGAGCAAACUUCAAGAUAAUAUUAUGCGACGAGGCGGCCACUCAGCUAAUGUCAAUGAUGCCUUGGUGGAUCUGUCAUAUGCUGCGUUAGCAGUGGCAGGACCGGCCAAGGACUGUCGGCUCGGCAGGGAGGGGGCUGCUGUAGCUGGUGACCUCAUCGUGAGGAUGGAGGAGCUACUGGGAGCCAUAAAGAUAUCUGAGUCUAACAUCGAUAUUACUACAGCACAGCAGCUAGACAGUUCCAGUUGGGUGAAGCAGGCUGUCAUGAGGCUCAAUGUAGAGCUUACUAAGACACGCACAAUGUUAUGGGCUGGAACUGUGGAUAAAACCGACAAGGCGGCGAGCACCAUAGACCCGGCCGAGAAGUUCCUGCUUACAGGUCUGUUGCAGAUAGUCUCUCUGGCAGCUCAUCUCGUCCAUUUUGGUGAUUGUUGGAUGCGUCUUGAGGAGGUUGUUGGCAUAGAGUCCGAAGUCAUUGUUAGCAAUACCGUCACUAAUCCCUUCAUUAGUCGUGGCCAAACAUCGACCGAACUCGUUCGAGUACCAUCAUCCGGGGAGCAUCACGACCUUCCGCCGUUCGUCGCCAGGUCGAGAUCAGCACAUCAAUUCGCAAAGAGCAGUUACGAAGGCCUCUCCAGAGGGGUCCGUCAAUUUGGACGAUAGUCCUAUCAGUUGUUAAUCGCUGCAUUUACCAUCUAAAAGAAGGGCAUUGUAGCAACACUUUUUUGUACUUCAUCAUCACAAACUUUUUACUCCA